CCACCACUGACGAACACACCUCCGCACCUUCUUUGCGCAUACGAACCAUUGCCAGCGGGCACCUCCUGAACAGCCCGAGCUUGUGAGCGUACCGCACACAGCAGCAAAGAUGGCGUCUCAAACCCCCGCCGUUGUCAUGGACAACGGUACGGGAUACUCGAAGCUCGGUUUCGCCGGCAACGACUCCCCCUCCUUCGUCUUCCCUACCGCCAUAGCCACGCGAGGGCCAACAGGCGGCGGCGGCAGCUCCGGCUCUGGCCGCCCUGCGGUUGCGAACAAGCCCUCUUUCCUGACCGGCGGUGCUGGCCCCAGUGGUCACCUGUCGGGGAAGCGCGGUACUGAGGAUUUGGACUUCUACAUUGGCGACGAAGCUCUCUCCGCCGCAGGAGGCUCCGGCUAUGGCAUCAACUACCCCAUCAGGCACGGUCAGAUCGACAACUGGGAUCUCAUGGAGCGCUUCUGGUCCAACUCGAUAUUCAAGUACUUGAGAGUCGAGCCGGAGGACCACCACUUCCUCCUGACUGAGCCUCCGCUGAAUCCCCCGGAGAACCGUGAGGCCACGGCCGAAAUCAUGUUCGAAUCGUUCAACGUCGCCGGUUUGUACAUUGCUGUGCAGGCUGUCCUUGCCCUCGCCGCCUCCUGGACGAGCUCUAAGGUCCAAGACCGAUCGCUCACUGGUACCGUCAUCGAUUCUGGUGCUGGUGUUACUCACGUUAUCCCCGUCGCUGAAGGCUACGUCAUCGGCUCUUCGAUUAAGAGUGUACCAAUUGCUGGUCGCGAUAUCACGCAGUUCGUUCAAUCGCUUCUCCGAGAGCGCGGCGAGUCGGACUCAUCCCUUGCGACCGCUGAGCGCAUCAAGGAGGAGUACUGCUACGUUUGCCCGGAUAUCGUCAAGGAGUUUGCGCGCUACGAUCGCGAGUCGGACGACAGGUUCAAGCAACACACCGUCACAUACGCGAACGGAAAGACCACCACCGUCGACGUCGGUUACGAACGCUUCUUGGCGCCCGAGAUCUUCUUCAACCCCGAGAUCUACUCCUCCGAUUUCCUCACUCCUCUCCCUACUAUCGUAGACAACGUUAUCCAGACCUCGCCCAUCGAUGUGCGAAGAGGAUUGUACAAGAACAUUGUCUUGUCUGGUGGUUCGACACUGUACAAGGACUUUGGUCGCCGCCUGCAGCGCGACAUCAGGCAUCUGGUAGACGCCCGCAUCAAGGCUUCGGAGGCACGUAGUGGAGGUGCGAAGAGUGGUGGUCUGGAUGUACAGGUCAUCACACACAAGAGGCAAAGACACGGCCCAUGGUUCGGUGGAUCUUUGCUCGGUCAGACACCUGAGUUCAGGAGUUACUGCCACACGAAGGCAGAGUACGACGAGAUUGGUCCCAGCAUUGUCCGACGAUUCGCACUGCUGGGUGGACCGGGCAGCACCUAGACAUACAAGGCAGAGAGUACGACGGUGCGGUGGAAGGAGGAGAACCUUGAGCGUGAUUGCAAGCAUUGCAAGAAUCUAAGAAAUCAAG